CUUUAUUGUUCCAGUAGAGAGCUCAAUGCGCGGCUUCCCACAUUUGUUUCAAUGGCUGCCGCGCACAGACCACGUCCCACCUGAGAGGGAGCGGCUCAGCUGCGAGCGAGAGGACCCCCACGUUCAAAACUUAUAGCUGCAGGACUGCACUGUGUGUGCGUGUGUGGAUUUUACCGUCCGCAUUGGACAUAAAAAGCUCUUACGGACGCGCAAUCUGUGGAUCCUGGAGGAAGCGGGGACGUGAAUAGAGGACGCUGCAGCUUGACAGCCCUUUACUGUAAGGUCUGUCACUAUGGUUGAGCCGGCCGACAGGUCGUCCACAGCUGGGCAGAGGCUGGGCGCCCCUGAAAGCUUUGGUGUGUCUACUCUGGAGCCAGGUCUGCGCCCUCCCACCCAGCCUCCAGGCCGCCAAGUCUCCAUAAGGGUGCAGAUGCUUGAUGACACACAGGAAGUCUUCCAGAUAUCGCAACGUUCACCAGGCAAAGUGCUGUUUGACCUUGUUUGUGCCCAUCUCAACCUGGUGGAGGGAGACUAUUUUGGACUGGAGUACCAGGACCAGCGGAAGAUGACAGUGUGGCUGGAUCUUUUGAAGCCGACACUGAAGCAGAUCAGACGGCCUAAAAACACCAUCCUUCGUUUUGUGGUGAAGUUCUUCCCUCCUGACCACACGCAGCUCUUGGAGGAACUGACUCGGUAUCUGUUUGCUCUGCAGAUUAAACGCGACCUGGCCUGCGGUCGACUCACCUGCAACGACACCAGCGCUGCUCUCAUGGUUUCCCACAUUAUUCAGUCUGAGAUCGGAGACUUCGAUGAGACCCAGAGCUGGCAGCACCUCCUUCACAAUAAGUACUUGCCCGACCAGGACGCCAUUAGAGACGAGAUCAUGGACUGCCACCGCGAGCAUGUCGGGCAGACUCCAGCAGAGUCAGACUAUCAGCUCCUUGAAAUCGCACGCCGGUUGGAGAUGUACGGUGUUCGCUUACACCCAGCGAAGGACCGAGAGGGUACUAAACUCAGCCUGGCUGUGGCACACAGUGGGGUGCUUGUUUUCCAGGGGCACACAAAAAUUAACUCAUUCAACUGGUCUAAGAUCCGUAAGCUCAGCUUCAAACGUAAAAGGUUCCUAAUCAAGCUGAGAGCCGACCCCACUCAGAAUGCCCACCAUGACACACUGGAGUUUGCCAUGGGCAGCAGGGAUUGCUGUAAGGUUUUCUGGAAGAUCUGCGUCGAGUAUCACGCCUUCUUUAGGCUCUUUGAGGAGCCCAAACCCAAACCCAAGCCCAUCCUCUUCACCCGGGGAUCCUCAUUCCGGUUCAGUGGUCGAACCCAGAAGCAAAUCAUUGAUUAUGUUAAAGACUCCGAGCCCAAGAAAGUUCCGUUUGAAAGGAAGCACAGUAAGAUCCUGUCUAACAGCAGCAUGUCCCCUCAGUCUGCCUCAAUAAGAUCGCACGUGCCAAAAGAGUGGAAGGCCAAAACCUCUUUGGGCAACUGGAUAUAA